AUGUUUUGUGUGUGUAGAAUGGAGUUUUUGUCUGGCAUUAGCUUAAUCAAAUCGCGCCCUUAUGAAUACGUUGCGGAUUGGUGUUGUGUUUUUAUUCUUCACCUCGAGUAAUCAAAAAUGUCCCAAAUUAAUUACGACAUUCUCACAAGUAAACUGCACCGAUAGGGCUACCGACAUCGAUGCUUAUUUUUAUAGUUUAGACGAAAGUAUCAGUUGUGUACCCAAAUGUGAAUCAUAUUCUUCUAAUCUCGAUGCGUCGUGCGAAUCUAUGGAUGACAAAUGCAUGCCUGGUUACGCUUGCGAAAAAAGAUGCGGACCAACUGUUUCCUUGAGGGAGUUUUCUUGUGAAACGGACGAUGAUUGCAUUGCGCAAGGAGGCAAUGCUAGAACGAAAUGCAAAUUUUACUGCGUGGCAAAAAAAGAAGAAUCUUGUAUGGCUUAUCAUUGUAACACAGAAGAUUACGUGGAAACUUUUUGGACAGCUCAAAAAUUCAAACCGGUCUGUGAUAAUGACGGAAAUUAUCAAGCAAAACAGUGCAAAGGAGGUUUAAGCGGCAAAUGCUUCUGCUACAGCGCCAAAGGAAAACGAAUUUUUGGGCAAGCACUCCGGGCAGACGCGGACGAUAUGACUUGCGCUUGCAGCAGAAGAAAAGCCGAACUGGAAGAACAAGGACAUUUUUACGUAAGUUUGCAUUGCGACUCGAUGGGCAACUACGAGCAACUACAGUGCGAUGCCGUGAGCGAACAAUGUUGGUGCGUAGAGCCAAAGACAGGAGACUUGACAUCCGCAGUUGUACCGAUGAAAGCAAUGAUCAAACUGCCUUGUUAUAGCACGGCGGUGAUCGGAAGUCAAUAUUUGCGACAGUGCGAAAGCAAGAAAUAUGCACAAGAAUUGAUUGUUAACAAAUUGAGAACUCAUGGCGCUAAAUGGAUUACAACUGACUUCUUGCUGUGCGAUGGCGAUGGAGCUUAUGGCGCCUACAUGUUGUCAUCGGGGAUAGCAUACUGUACCUGGCGCGAUAACAGUAAAAUUGGAACAUGGCAGAGUAAUGUCGAAGCAGGAGUGUCAGUUGAUUGCAAUUGUGCGAAAGACUUUAUGUUGUAUAAUCACAACCAGGCUUGCGAAGGAAAUGGAAACUAUAAGACCUUACAACAGACCAUGAACGGCGAUGUUACUUACUACUAUUGCGUGGAUUCUGACGGAUUUGCCAAAACCGAUUUCCUGACCAAUAACAAUAUAGACUGCUCCCUCUAUUAUUAAAACAUUAGUUGUAAAUUUUAGUAUUGGUGAAACAA